GAACAGCCUGCGGCAGGGGGUCGGAACUACUAUUGUUUUAUCCUGGUGUAAAGAUGUGCGCAAAGGGGCUCAGAGAAGUUGAGUAGCUUUCCGCACAAUUGGAACGGAGAGCCUGAGUUUCAGACACGGGGCUGACUCAAAGCUUCUAGAGAAAGACGUUUCAUCGUUGGGGUGUAAAUUUGGUGUUGGGAGAACAUCUAAAAAAAUCUAAACAUCUGAAAUUUCUUGUGAGUUAAUUGAGAUAAUAAGGGAGCGACUAAGCUAGGAAGAGCCCGCAGUUUAGAAUCUGAAAUGACGUUCCUGCGCAGGACAAUGCAAUGGAUUUUCUGGUGAUUCUCGCCGUCCCCAUGAGCCGCGGUGGCGCCCUCUGGGGUGCAGUUCGGGUAAAGAGGAAACGUUGACCCAGGCUGUGCUGGGGCUGCAAGGGGGGACCCUCAAGGAUCCUGUCUGGGCCGUUGGGGACAGCUCCUCAAGCUUGAGCCUCCUGUCUAAAGAGAAGCCUGGGGAUUUCCCAGGCAGAACAGCCAGGAAGGGACCCUCCACGUAUAAGAAACAGCAUGUGCAAAGGGCUGGAGAUGUGUGAUGAACCGCUUGGCAUGUUUUAACUUGUUCAGAAGAUGGAUUCUCCCCCUCAAACGAAAGGCCUUUCAUCUGGGGAGGAAUUGAUUGUCUUUUCUGCUGACAUCGACAACCAUCAUGCGCUCAUUGAAUAUAAUGAGGCCGAGUGCAGCUUCGUUCUCCAGGACUUCAAUUCCCGCAACGGCACGUUUGUCAACGAGUGCCACAUCCAGAAUGUGGCUGUGAAGCUUAUUCCUGGAGACAUCCUGAGGUUUGGCUCUGCAGGGCUGACUUACGAACUAGUCAUCGAAAACCCACCCCAGGUCUCCUACCCGUGGAUGAGAAGCCCAGCACCAUGGCCAAGGUCACAGACGCCCCAGGCCACACAGGAGCCGACCCCGAACCCUUCGCCACCACAUAUUCCCUUCUGCCAGGGCAUCCGGUCAGCACCUGUGCAGAGGAGCUGGUCCCAGGGCUUCCCCAGGCCCACCCUGGGCCCGGCUCCCACCCACAGGCGGCCUAUGAGCACUGGCGGGAAGAUGUUCUCCUUCGUGGUGGACACCACCCACAAGUCCCCUAUCAAGCAAGUGUGGACCAGUGCCGUGGAACUGCCGAACCAGUCAGUGGCCGAGGAGCUUCCUGGGGCAGUACCUCCCACGGAGCUUUAUGUGGAGCAGGACCUGGCCCAGCAGGACAAGGAUGAAAUAAUUCUGCUGCUAGGGAAAGAAGUCAGCCGGCUCUCGGAUUUUGAAAUUGAGUCCAAAUACAAAGACGCCGUGAUAGUAAACCUGCAGAAUGAGAUGGCUGAGCUGAGCCAGAAGCUGUCGGAGACCACCAAGCAGAAGGAGAGGGAGAAGUUUCAGGUUCUGGAUGACGACCUUGAGGCUAAGCGGAAAGAGAUUCAGACCUUGAAAAGCCAGAUCAGUGCCCUGCAGAAAGGCUACAGCGAGGUGCUAUGCCACACCCUGUCAGAGCGGAACUCAGAGAUCACGUCCCUGAAGAACGAAGGCGAGGGUUUAAAGAGGGACAACGCCAUCACCUCAGGACUGGUGACAUCUUUACAAAAAGACAUGGCAGCAAAGAAUGAGCAAGUCCAACAGCUAAAAGAGGAGGUGAAUCAACUGAAAAGUCAGAAUGUGGAAAAGGAUUACCAGCUGGAAGCCCUGGGCUCCACAUGCUCAGUGCUGAAGGAGGAACUAAGAAAGGAAGACGCUCAGAAGGAAUACAGGGAAGCCCAAGAGAAGGAGCUGAAACUCUGCAAAACCCAAAUCCAAGACAUGGAGAAAGAAAUAAAAAGGCUUAAGGAGGAGCUGAGGAAGAGUUCUACUGAACAAAGCAUGAUCUCCAAGACUCUGCGAGAAAAGAGCAAGCUGGAACAUUUCAGAAGUCAAGUCAUCAAGGCCACCUUUGGACGGGCAAAGCCACUCCAGGAUAAGCCCAUCACCGACCAGCAGUUAAUAGAGAAAAUUGCCCAGGUCACUGAGGACAGCAUGCACUUUCAGCAGAAAAAGUGGACUCUGCAGAAAGAGACCCAGCUCAGCAGCGCCAAACAGGAGCAGACCACCGAGGACAUUAAGAAGCUGAAGACGUCUCUAGACAGCUGCCAGGCCUGCAUGAAGAUGUCCUGCUGCAGCGGCAACCUCAAGAAGGAGGUCGACCUGCUCCAGCACCUGCACGUGAGCCCACCUGUCUCCGAGCUCCAGAAGGUGGCGCUGGACAUCUUGGGCCUCUCUCUGGCCUGGCUGGUGGAAACGGAGCAGCUCCUCCGGGACCUGGGGAUCCAGUUAUCCGGCUCUGACAAAGGAUUCUCUUUGUAUCUGAUAUGUCUUCUGGACCAUUAUAAAAAAAUUAUGAACCAGAUCAAGGAACUUCAGAUCAAGUUCCAAACUUCUCAGGAAACUCAGCAGUCUUUGCUGCAAGAGAAACUGCAGGAGCAUGUGGCAGAAAAGAUGAAGCUGAAUGAGGAGAGGCUGGAGCAAGAGGAGAGGCUCAAAGCCAGAAUCAGGCGGCUGUUGGAAGAGAAGGAGGCCUUGGAGGAAAGCAUCACUCAAGAGAAAGACAAGGUGAAGAGAGUGUUAGAGGAAGAGCAGACGAGAGCCCAACAGCUGGAGAGCCGCCUAGCCUUCCAGAAGGAGGUUUGGGAGAGCAGCAUGAGCCAUGAGAAAAGAAAAGCAAAGGAAGCCCUGGAGUCGGAAAAGAGGAAAGUGCAGGACUUGGAGAACCACUUAACCCAACAGAAGGAGAUCUCAGAGAACAGCAUCGCCUAUGAGAAACAGAAAGCGAAGGAGGCCAUUGAGAAGGAAAAGAAGAAGGUGCAAGACCUGGAGAAUCGAUUAACCAAGCAGAGAGAGGAAAUAGAAUUAAAAGGGCAAAAAGAAGCUGUUUUAAAUAAUAAAUUAAAUGAUGCACUGGCCAUGAUAGAAGAGACUCAGAAGAUGCAGACGGCUGAAAGUCUGAAAGCAGAGAGCCUCGCCAUCAAAUUAAACGAAACAUUAGCUGAACUGGAAACUGCCAAGACAAAAAUGAUCAUAAUGGAGGAGCGGAUGAUACUGCAUCAGCAGACAAUAAAUUCCCUGCAGGAUGAGGGAGAAUCACAGAAACACGGAUUCGAAGAAGAAAUCACAGAAUAUAAGGAGCAGAUCAAACAGCACUCCCUGACGAUUGUGAGUCUGGAGCAAAGACUCCAAAAACUGACUGAACAACACCAAAAAAUAGAAGGAGAGAUCGCAACUCUGAAGGACAAUGACCCAGCUGAAAAGGAGGAAACGCCAAAAGAAACCCCCCCAGAAAACGAAACCAAAGAGGCAACCUGUGAGCACUUGAUAGACGACUUACUGGCUGCUCAGAAGGAAAUCCUGUCUCAGCAGGAGAUCAUCAUGAGGUUAAGGAAAGAUCUCACCGAAGCCCACAGCCGCAUGUCAGAUUUGAGAGGGGAGCUUAACGAGAAGCAGAAGUUAGAGCUGGAGCGGAACAUGGCGCUGGUCCAGCAGCAGAGCAGAGAGCUGAGUGCGCUCAAGCAGAAGAUGAUACACGUGAACAGCCUGAUGGAGAAGAAGGAAAGGGAGCUGAAGGUCCUCAGAGAGGCGCUCAGGGCUUCCCAAGAGAAGCAAAAGCUCCUGCUGAACCCAGAGAAGGAACAGAAGCCCAAGAAGAAGGCCCAGAUGCGUGACAUAUCCGUGCAGAUAGAACCGAUGGACACAGAGAACUCGAGCAGCCAAGAGGAGCAAUCUUUCAGUGAUCUCGGAGCCAAGUGCAAAGGGUCUCGACAUGAGGAGGUCAUUCAGCGUCAGAAAAAGGCCCUAUCUGAACUUCGAGUGCGAAUUAAAGAACUUGAGAAAGCCUGCUCACCACAUAAUAAGGACAACCUGAAUGAAUCAAUUCUAGAAUUAAAGACUCUCAGAAUGGAAAAAAAUAUCCAGAAAAUGUUAUUGGACACACAACCUGAUUUGCCAGCUCUUUCAAGAAUAGAGACCCCAUCGCCUCAGAAUCACCUGUGCAAUCCAGGCUCCGGCUCAGCAGUGGAGAAGUCAGAGAAAGUAGAUGUGUCUGAGGCUUUAGAGCUCAGUGAAAAGCUGUACAUGGACAUGAGCAAAACCCUGGGAUGUCUGAUGAACAUCAAGGACAUGUCGGGCCAUGUGUCCAUGAAGUACCUCUCCCCCAAAGAGAGGGAGAGAGUUGGCCAGCUUCGACAAAGGGACCUGGACCUGGUGUUCGACAAGAUUGCCCAACUUAAGAGCCGGCUGGAGAGGAAAGAGGAGCUUCUGCGAGGGUACCAGAAGGACAUUGAACAGCUCAGGCAGAGCAAAGUGUCCAUUGAGAUGUACGAGUCACAGAUGGCAAAGCUGGAGGACGACAUCUACAAGGAGGCCGAAGAAAAGGCCCUGCUGAAGGAGGCCCUGGAGCGCACAGAGCAGCAGCUCUCCCAGGAGAAGAGACUCAACAGGACCAUCAAACAGCAGAAGGUUGGAGUCAGAAAAGCCACCCUCAAGACCGCCCAGGAAAGAGAGAUGCUAAGGAAAGAAACUUCCAGCAAAUCCAGCCACAGCCUUUUGUUUUCUAAGCCUGGUGGAAGGGACUAGAGAAGCAUCAGCCCACCAGGCCUUCCAUGAUCCUCCGUGAGUCGACUUGACUCUUCUGUGUCAAAAUACUAAGAUGCUUUUGUAGGACUUUAAAGAUUGUUACUGUAGUAUUUUCUUUCUAGAUUAAUAUUUCACAGAAUAUUUUAUUUUGGAGAGUAUGGGGAGAGGGUUUUUUUUUUAUGCCAAUAAUGUACACAUAGUCAGGUAUAUGAAGAAUAUAGGUUUGUAACCCUGACCCUAGACCUGGUAGAUACAAUUAUGUGGUUCCACAUUUGGGUCAUGAUGAACCCGAACAUCAAACCUCCAGAGAUCUCCAAGAGACACAGUUGAGGACACCCAAGACUUGGAGCCACAGGGCAGAAUGGUAACCUCAGGGCUGUCGGGGCCACAGCAUAGCGAAUUUAUAUCUCCAUUUAUUGUAAUAAAUUUAGAAUGCCAAUCGGUUUUAUUGCUUCCGUAAUAAUGACUAAAGUUUAUAUGGCACUCCACGGUUUUCAAAAUACUUCUC